UAUUUCUCAUCAGUCAUUCAUAAGUUUUUAAUUGAAGUGAUUAGUUUGAAUUUAAAAAUGGAAUUUCUAACAGUUUUUCUCUUAUUUGGAGUAAUGGCGGCAUUUGUUUCUGGAGUUCCCCUCCCCUCUUCAGACCAUCAGGCCUUCAUAGUUGGCGGAGAAGAUGCAGCAGAAGGUUCAGCUCCUUACAUGGUGUCCCUGGUCUUCGGAGAACGAGUCAUGUUCCAGCUGUGUGGAGCUUCCCUCAUCAGCAGGCGACUGAUGCUGACUGCAGCUCAUUGUCUCGAACCUUUUAUAAAUGAUGACGGUGGACUGUUGCACACCUUACACUCCCGAGUGGGAUCCAACCAGUGGAACUCAGGAGGCACCAUGGUCACCCUGAAGGGCUGCCACUUGCAUCCACAGUGGGACUCUACAAACAUCAAGUAUGAUGCUGGAGUGUUGGUGACGGAGGCGCCAGUGGAGUUGACAGACCGAGUGGCCCUCAUCAGCUUGUCCUACGACUUCGUUGAAGGAAAUGAAGAGGCUUUUGUUGCUGGAUGGGGGCGGACUGGGCCAAAAGUCGAAGGGAAUGUCAUACACCUACAACCAACUCCUGAUGACAAGCAAGUCCUCUACGUGGAUAUAUUGGACCACGACCAGUGCCAAGAACAGAUGCAGGUAGCAUCACAACACAACGCCCCACCAAUCCAGCGUGCUGUUGAAAUAUGCAGCUUCCACUCUCGAGGACAUGGGAUGUGCGUUGGAGAUUCCGGCAGUGCUCUGGUCAGGUUAAGCACGAUGCAGCAGAUUGGCAUCGUAUCCUGGGGAUACAUGUGCGCUAUGGGAGCACCUGACGUUCAUGUCAGGAUACUUGGUGUCAAGGACUUCUUAGAGUUUACUAUGUCACUAUAUAACGACUGAUUCUGACUGUUAAGAUUUAUCUA